UCUGUCACACUGCUGUGAACGUUUUUCUGGUAAACAAAGUUAGAAAAUCUGGAAAAGUGUGGAAAAACAGCACUUUGCUUUUAUGUUGCUAUUAGCGGCACGAAAACAAUUUGCAUUGUAGUCAGGAGCAACAACAAAGGACACCUGCAGUGCCGGAAACAACAACAACAGCAGCAGCAGCAGGAGAUAGAUAGCUAUUGCAGCUGCUGUGGAGGUUAUUUAUAGCAACCAAACAGGCUGCCUGCUGCCAACAGCACCCCCACACUUGAAGAGGAGUGGGUGUGGGUGCCCUGUGCGCCUGCCUCUGUAAUUGGCCGCAAAGUCCAAGGAUACGUGUGAUAUUAUAUCCUUCUCCAGUCAAAGUCAAGUUAUUCGAGAAUCACUUGCGGAAAUGGAUUCCUCUGCAGCUGUGGCAAAUAUCGCGAAUCCCCCCACGGCUGUGGGCACCAAUGCAACGACAGCGGCCGCCAGCAAGCGGAACAGUCAGCAAGGACGUAAAAAGUCUGGCCCCAAAUUCGAGCUAUCCGACGCACAAAAGUCGGACAUUAAGGAGGCCUUCGAUUUGUUCGACAACGAAUGCACCGGCUACAUCGAAGUCAAGGAACUAAAGGUCGCCAUUAGGGCCCUCGGAUUCGAGCCAAAAAAAGAGGAAAUCAAGCGAAUGAUUGCGGAAAUCGAUAAGGAUGGGAGUGGCAGGAUUGCAUUCAAUGAUUUCUUGCACCUAAUGACCAUGAAAAUGGCCGAAAAGGAUACAAAAGAGGAAAUACUGAAGGCCUUUCGGCUCUUCGAUGACGAUGAGACAGGAAAAAUAUCGUUUAAAAAUCUGAAACGUGUGGCCCGUGAAUUGGGGGAGACCCUCACCGAUGAGGAGCUGCGCGAAAUGAUUGAUGAGGCGGAUCUGGACAACGAUGGAGAGGUCAACCAGGAGGAAUUUCUGCGGAUUAUGAAAAAGACCAGUCUGUAUUAGAGUUGAGUUGCGACUCGUUUAAUCUAAGAUUUGCAUUCCGUUUAGUAAAUGUUAAGUUUCUGUGGCUAAGCUUUUGAUGUAUUUAAUCCAUUCAUUGCCUCGUAUCUGUCUAUGUUUCUCGCUCUCCUCUGGAGGUUGCUUUAAAUGUAAGUUCCAGUUGUGUUCCUUUCUAGCAUCCCACUGACAUACAAUACACACGAAUGUACACAAACAUUCAAUUAGCAGCUAAGACAACAACUAUGAAAAAACCUCCGCGCACUGGCUGUAUUUUUGCACAACAAA